UGCUGACCUCAGACGACAUGGCAGCCAUUUUGGAACACCCCCUAGUCAGGGAGGAUCCUGGGAGUUCUGAGGUCGUCAGGAAUGUGGUACAGAAGGGGAAUCCCGACCUGAAACCGAGGCUUGGGAUGACGACAGAAAUGGCUCUGAUGUUUGUGUACUACGAUACAGAGAUGACUGACUGUGACAUGCUCUUCAUGAACCCUCAGCAAGGGAAGUACAUCAGCUGCAGCUACGAUCCUAACAUCCUCCGUCUUGCUAGAGGCGGCACAGUCACCAGUGAUAACAACAUCUACAUCCUCGCUUGUGAGUCCGAGGAGUCUGAUCGGUUGUUCCUGUUUCAGUACAGCCACGCAGAGAACGUGUGGGAACGUGUUGGUGUGUCCUCACCAACUGAGACACUGGCACUGGCUACUAAUGGGGAGCGCUUCCACUAUCUCCUUGUUGGAGUUGAUCAGGUUUUGUACUACCUCGCCAUAGAAUGGACGUUAGGUAAUACAUAUAACCUGUUGCGUAUGGCAAAGUACAACCGGCACACGGACCAGUGGCAGGAGCGUUCACACCUGGAACUUAACAAAAGGUGUUGCCAAAUGGUGGCAUUGUCAUGUGGUCCAAACUUGUAUUUCUUCCCAAUCAACCUAACUGAAGUUUAUUGCUACAUUCCAAGCCAGGACAGUUGGUGCAAACGGACCCCGCCAAGGAUCAAUACCUACAUCUGCACAGCCGUUGCCAUGGGAACAGAGAUUUUCUGUACAGGCCGGGACCGUGACGUCACCCAGCUGAUGGUGUACAACACGGUCUCAGACAGCUGGUACGAACUGUCAGGCUGGCCAAACCCUGAAGUCCUAUCUCCUCAUCUUUACGUUUUCCCCAGGCUUUUCGUACUAGAGAACCAGCUGCAUGUAUUGUUAGCAGCUUCUGACAUGUACGAUAAGCCAUCAGGCUGUCUGGUGUAUGUGUACGACAGGUCUGCUGAUGCCUGGAGAGACUUGGAGGUCACCCUCGGCCUGCCUGAUGAGGCUGGUGUAGGAUGUUGUUUUGAGCGCUGUGUGGCACGUAUAUACUUGCCAUAUCUUAAGGGGGCACAAAAUCACAUCACUGAGGUAUCAUCAUGAAAUUAAGAUACAGGAUGGAGAAAUAGCUCUCACUCGCUCACUCACCCACUCUCACCCACUCACUCGCUCACUCACUCACUGACUCACUCACUCACUCACU